AUGGAAUAUUCCGAUUCAGGGGAGAGUACACUUGCAGCUUUGUGCUCAGUUACACAACGUAGCAAAGAUAUUCUUGGAUUCGCCAGAUUUCCGUUGGCAUUUGAAGGUAAUGUGAAAUGCUCCACAUGUGGCGACGAAUCGAAGCGCUUUAUGUACUUCUCCAUUGUUGAUGAAGUUGAGCUCAAAACUACGAAAGGAUCUGCGAAUUUCGUUCACUUUUGCAAGUUCUGUAAACGAGAGAACUUUCUAAGUAUCAUCCCGAGUAGUGUUAUGUCGUACAAUGCAGAAGACAGCGAUGCUUUCAAAACUAUUGUCGUGUUCUUUUGUGGAGGUUUGGAGCCGAUUGAUUUCGAACCUGGCUUCGGAUUCGUAGUCGAAACCGGUGGGAGUGGUGCCAGGUUUGAAGGUGUCGAUCUAUCCGACGGCAAUUGGGAAAAUCAAGAUGAAUUAUCUUCCGAUGCUGUUUCGAUCUCCAAUCUGGAAUUCCGAUUGAUCAAGAAGUGAUUUAGUGUCUGAUACUCCACAUCUGGCAUUCCGACGGUUUUCGUUCAUUAGCACUGCUCUUCUACUUGUGACAAUUAGGAUAGAUGAUGUUUUCAUCCUUUGCUGGGUGAAGUACUGUACGCUUUUUUCUGUAGACAAAAUUUUUAUUUUUCAAGAACAUCAGUUAUGUCGUGAUGCCCUUGGUUGUUUUCUUGUUUAUGUCGAGGUCUUCCAGUUGUGUUUUUUGUCUGAAAUGGCCAUUUUUUGUGAUGAAGACUUUAAGCUUUAUGAACCUGAUGUCAGAGACACCCAGGACUUCUGGAGUUGUGUUACACUCGUUUUUGCGCAUGUGAUACGAAAUGGAGUCGGGAGUUUUCGCAAGAUGAAUUUUGGCUGGUACGGUAGUUCAGCAGUUCCAAAUCUGCCAUUGAUGCUAUUUGAUUCCUGGUCACUCUGAAACGUUACCGUGAAUUUGAUCCCGCGAGUUAUGCUGGUUUGUAUACGUUUUCAUCAGCGUUGAUGUUCUGGGGUUCUUUUUUUCGCGGUCAAUUUCACGCUGAGCUUGGGAGUUGGGUGCGAAUGUAUGAACAACUCGCUUAACAGUG